UGACGUGGCCCUAGAGGCCGUGGGCGGCGCAUGCGCGCUGCCGCUCGGCGCCAUGGCGGAGCGGGAGGAGGAAGAGAAGGCGACCGGUCCCUCCGUGCUAUUCCUGCACCCGGACCUGGGGCUGGGCGGCGCGGAGAGGCUGGUGGUGGACGCGGCGCUGGCGCUGCAGGCCCGGGGCUGCCGAGUGCAGGUGUGGACGGCUCACUACGACCCCGGGCGCUGCUUCGCCGAGACGCGGCAGCUGGCGGUGCGCUGCGCCGGGGCCUGGCUGCCGCGCAGCCUGUGGGGCCGCGGGCACGCGGUGUGCGCUGCGCUGCGCAUGGCCUUCGUGGCGCUCUACGUUCUCUUGGUCAGCGGGCAACACGCCGACGCCUUCGUCUGCGACCAGGUGUCUGCUUGCAUUCCGAUACUCAGGCUGGCCAGAACGCGGAAGAAGGUUUUGUUUUACUGUCACUUUCCCGAUCAGCUCCUGACCAAGAGAGAAUCUUUCCUGAAGCGCCUCUACAGAAUGCCGUUGGACUGGCUGGAAGAGUACACCACUGGCAUGGCAGACUGUAUUGUUGUGAACAGCAAAUUCACUGCCAGCGUGUUCAAGGAGACAUUUAAGUCCUUGUCUCACAUAAACCCAGAUGUUCUCUAUCCGUCACUCAACACCAGUAGCUUUGAGUCAGUGGUUACCGUGGACAUAGCUGACCUGAUUCCAAGAAAGACAAAGUUCUUGUUUCUGUCUAUUAAUAGGUAUGAGAGAAAAAAGAACCUUGCAUUGGCUCUUGAAGCUUUGCAUGAGCUUCAAGGAAGGCUUGAUUCUCAUCAGUGGAAUGAAGUUCACUUGGUUAUGGCAGGUGGCUAUGAUAAACGAGUUCUGGAAAACGUGGAGCAUUACGAAGAACUAAGAAGUAUUGCAACUAAGCUUAAUGUUAGUGACCAUGUCACUUUCGUGAGAUCAUUCACAGAUGAACAGAAAAUCUCUCUUCUUAGUAACUGUGUGUGUGUGCUUUAUACACCAAGUAACGAACACUUUGGCAUUGUUCCUCUGGAGGCAAUGUAUAUGAGAUGUCCAGUUAUAGCGGUUAAUUCAGGUGGUCCUUUAGAGUCAGUCUUGAAUAACGUUACAGGAUUUUUGUGUGAUCCUCAGCCAACGCAAUUCUCUGAGGCCAUGGAAAAAAUCGUGAGAGAUCCUCUUUUGAAGGACUCAAUGGGAGCAGCUGGGAGAGUCAGAUUUAUGGAAAAAUUUUCCUCAGAAGCAUUCUCAGAACAACUGUAUCAAUACAUAUGCAGACUAACACAAUAAAAUUGUAUUUUCUUAUUACAUUUUACAGCUUUGUAUCUGUGACUUAAAUAAGGGGCCACUGUUCAAUGUGACUGAUGAAGAACCCAGGACUUGUGAAAUUUCUUGUUGUACUUUGUAUGCUGCCUUUGGUCACUUGGUAUGGAAAAAAAGAAGGAAAUGUCAAUCUUGUUAGAAGGUUCAGAUUUACAUGUGUUAGACUGAUUGUUUUUUAUGCAGUGCCUCAGACAAACGCAUGGUUCAAAUGGCAGUGACUUACUAGACUUUAUUGCAUGUUUUACUUUAAGACUGUACAGUCAACUCAAUUUACAGAUUAUAGAUAUGUACAGAUAAGCACGGUUUUAUUUUUCUGAAAAUUUCAAAUCAUUGUGAACAAUUUGUAAACGAAAGACUCAGCUAUGGUGUGGAAGGAAACACAUGGUUCAGCCAUGUGUUUAAAAAAAUUAUGUUCUUUAGGGAUUUGAAUGGUAUGCAUUUUGUUUGUUUUUAUGACCUUUUACUGUGCUUUUUUUCCUAAAACUGCAUAAUCCAGUUGUACUAGGCAUCAUAAAUGAGCGAACAAGUGUGUGAUCAGGCAAAAUUGUUGUUACUGAAAUUCUACAUCUUUGUAGAUACCUGCUAUGCCUAAUGAUGUAAUUUUAAGAGUUUCUGGUUUGUAGAAAUAUUCUUAAUUGAAUGUUUCAUGAAAUUCUAAAUUACAGAAAGCACACAUGCAGACACACACAUAGAAUGGGAGAUUUUGCCUUUUUUUUAGUUCAAUAUAAUUUUUUUUUUCUGAAUAGUUUAGCUGGGAGGAAUAGUUCCUGCACACUUCUCUCUCAAGGCAGUGCUAUUGCAUGGCAGAAAUUUUACUGACUGGUUUUGUUAGUUUGUUAUUUUUUAAGUGCAAUACUGGAUUUUAGGCAAGGAAUAUCUUUGUAUCUACCUCAUUUCAAGCACAUCUUUAUUGGUUGAUUGUUAGAUUCACAGUAACGCUUCUAUGUAAUCCAUACAGUUGAGUUUUGAAUCUCAAAAUGGACUGAGUAAUUAAUUCCCUUGGUUUUGGAAGCCUGAUUUCAUCUGUAGAGUAUCAUUUUCGUAGUCUGUGUUCUGUGCAUUGCCUGUAAGAUACAAAUUCAGAGAUUUCCACAUUUUGUGAAAAUGUCUCUACAGUAGAGAGACAACUCCUUUUGCUUAGGACUGCAAUGGAGGUCUCAGUAUGAGAUUUUUUUAUUUACAGUAAAAUAAAAAAAAACAAUGAAUAAAUUCUUUGUCUUCAAUAUGAAACUUGAA